GAUGAAGUCACUGCUUACCUUCUAUAUCCCUUGGUGUCAAGUUGAAGACAGUGAAAUUAAACGUUUGAAUAUCACUCUUCUUUUUUUAUUUUACUGUUUAAAUGCGGUCGAAUGUUCGUAGUUCGAUGUGUUAGGCUCUGCGUCUUUGGCAGCCGUGUAGGAAGACGGUGGACACCACUUACGCGGCACAGCAGUGUCAGACGUGCUAACCAUGCUAACCUGCUUCCAGAGGAGCUGCAGCACUGCGGGGCUGCAGCCACAAAACGCUUCUGUCACACUGAUUUUGCAGAUUUGUACAAGAAUGAGUCGGUGCAGAGGUAUCUCCAGCAGCUCAUGGAGGAAUAUGGGGAAGUCAGUAAGAAACUGCAGUAUGCACAUCUCAGCGACUCGGAGAGAAAAUUGCUGAUGAAGAAACGCACAAAGCUGCUGCCACUGGCGAAUGUAUUUCACAAAAGUGAGCAGGCUUUAAAAGACCUGCAGGAGGUUUCGUCAGUUCUGGAUGGUUCUUCUGGGGCCACAGAGGAAGAUGCACAUUUGACAGAGCUGUUGAAAGAGGAGGAAGCUCAGAUUUCUCACAAGAUUUUGACUUUAAGAAGAGAUCUUAUCAAGGCUCUUGUGCCCACUGACCCAUUGGACUCCAGUAACAUUGUGCUGGAGGUUGUGUCAGGACGAACAACAGGAGGUGACAUCUGUCAGCAGUUCACCAGAGAAAUGUUUGAAAUGUAUCAGGGCUUUGCCCACUACAAAAACUGGGACUUUGAUGUCAUAAACUACACACCUUCUGAUGUGGGUGGUUUGCACCAUGCUGCGGUAAGAAUACAAGGGGAAAGUGUGUACAGACAUCUGAAGCAUGAAGGUGGCACACACAGGGUGCAGAGGAUUCCUCAGGUGGGCCUUUCUUCCAGGAUGCAGCGUAUCCACACUGGAACGAUGACUGUCAUUGUCCUGCCUCAGCCGAUUGAGUUUGAGAUCAAAAUUGAUCCCAAGCACCUUCGCAUCGACACAUUUAGAGCUCGAGGCGCUGGAGGCCAAAGUGUCAACACAACAGACAGUGCUGUACGCAUUGUUCAUCUUCCCACAGGCAUUACAGCUGAGUGUCAGCAGUCUCGCUCUCAGCUGCAGAAUAGGGACACAGCCAUGCACGUGCUGAAGGCUCGAAUCUAUCACAGUAUUCUCAAUGAAGAGAAUGAGAAGAGGCACACAGCACGGAGGAAGCAGGUGGGCACACGUGCACAGUCAAACAGGAUUCGCACCUACAACUUUAGUCAGGAUCGUGUCACAGACCACAGGACGGGCUGCGUUACCAGAGAUAUCAAGGAGUUCAUGAGAGGCGGUGAGGCCUUCAGUGAUCUGGUAUCAGCGGUACUUGAACACACAGAGAGGGAGGUUCUUCUGGAGGAAGUGCAGAACAGCAGCAGCCUGCAGCAGCCUUAACACCUACAGCUCCCCUCUACCUGCUCUUUGUGGGCUUGUUGCAUUUCUUUUGGGGCAGAUUUCAUUGUUUUUCCAGUAUCUGGUUAAACUAAAAAUUGAUUUGAAAUGGAGGAAUCCAAUAAUUAUUUUUGUUUUUGCAAUAAAAUAUUGCAUUCUGUAUUAA